AUGGUUCGUCGCCGCAGUGACAAUGUCCAGACACUCAUCGUAAGCGAUGGCUACGGUCAGACUGUGGGGCUGUCGGCUAAGCGCCAUCAUCCGGUCCGCAGCGGCCAUUAUGCCAUAUUCACAGAAGAACUUUCAAAGUUGAAUGUCGGUGUUGACGCUGUUCCCUGCCCUGACACAGAAAGAAUUCGGUCAUGGAACGGCGUUGUGAUGCGAUUGAUUGCACCAACGGUGUCCGGGGUGUUCAUUCCUCUUGCUUCAAGUCUGCCUUUCCAGCGUGUAUAA